GUGAGGACACACCAAUGCACAUUGUGUUCCAGGAGCUGUAGCUCAACUAUGUUGGAAACUAUGCUAUUAUUUGUGGCCUAAAAUUACUAAUGAGGUCUUCAGUUUGGCCUCACAAAAAAUAAUUAUUCAUGGCUUGCUGUGAUGUAACAAACUGGACAGUGAUUUGACCUGUAAUUGCAAAAGUACUGUACAUAAAUCUCCAGAGAUUUAUUCAUGAAGAUAAAAAAUCAUGUCUGCUGCAAAAAUUGUGGUGGUGGGCUCAUGUAUGACGGAUCUUAUCAGUUACACUUCACGGUUACCUAAGCCAGGAGAAACAAUCCAUGGACACCGCUUCUCUGUGGGUUUUGGAGGAAAGGGUGCCAACCAGUGUAUUGCUGCUACCAGACUAGGAGCCACCACAGCAAUGGUUGCUAUGGUUGGAGACGAUUCAUUUGGGACAAACUACUUGCAAAAUUUUCGUGACAACGGCGUAAUUAUUUCUCAUGUUGGAGUGACAAGUGAGGCAGCCACUGGUGUUGCUCCUAUUGCAGUUGAUGAUGCAGGGGAAAACUGUAUCAUUAUAGUGGCAGGAGCAAAUUUGAAGAUGACUGCUGCAAACGUAGAGAAAGCAGAGCCAUUAAUAAAGGAAUCUUGUGUGGUUGUGUGUCAAGGAGAGAUCACCAUGGAGGCCACACUUGCUGCUCUCACAAUGGCUCGUAAAUACAAUGUUAAGACUUUGAUGAAUGCUGCUCCAGCCGACUCCAGUUUGGACCCAGCUAUUUUGAAGAACUCGGACAUUUUUUGCGUGAAUGAGAGUGAGGCUGAAGCUUUAACAGAAGUUAGAGUGCAAACAGUGAUGGAUGCCCAGCGUGCUGCUGAGGUACUAUUAACACGAGGGUGUGGUAGUGUCAUCGUAACACUGGGAGGGGAAGGGGCACUCUACUCUACUGGUGAUGGUCAUAUUCAUGUCCCUGCAGAAAAAGUUACUCCAGUAGAUACUACUGGUGCUGGUGAUGCUUUUGUAGGAACACUGGCAUAUUAUUUGGCAUACCAUCCACACCUAUCCAUGGAGGACAUGUUGCAAAGGUCCUGCAAAGUGGCAACCAUUUCUGUGCAGGCAGCAGGUACUCAGACCAGCUUCCCUACUAGGAAUAAGUUAGACAAUUAUCUGUUUGUGUGAUGACAAGCACGAGGCACAAAGAUAAGCAAACCAUCUAGGGGUAAGUUUGCUGGUGUGAUAAACUAGUAAGUGAACUACACACUGAUCAUAUGGGUUAUUUAUAGGAAUGGCCUACAUUCAACAGUAGGAAAAACAGUACAAUUAUUUUUAGUGUAACUAAAUUAAUAUAUUUAAUGGGAAUGCUAAACCCAUUGUGGCCAAUAGGUUCAGUUCAAAGACGGGAAGGACACAAUUCCAUGAGACAUUGUUUAGUGACAUUUUGCCUGCUGUGGACUUUUUUUUUUUUAUUUAAAGAGGCUGCAGAUUAGAUAUUUUUUUUAAGCCAGCUUCUCAAGGUAAAGGCAUUAGGCAAGUUACACUUGUACUCUUAAUAAAUUAAGUUCCUUUUAUGGUUAAAUGCCAUUUGAUUAAUGUUAUUUAUUCAUUCUAGAAAAUUUAACAUUAAGCAAAAGCUACUUUUCAUGUGUAUGGGAUAUACCAUUAGCUCACGGGUUGCCAAGGUCUGUGAAGUUAAUGGCAAGGACAUGUCCUUGCCAUUAAGGUUAGUCUGUGAAAGAUAGUUUAUAUUGCCUUGCCAUUUACUAGGAAGUAUUUCAGUUGGUAUCUAUGAUUUCCCCUUGAUGGAGACCCCUCAUUCAAAGCAGGGAGCUUAAAAUGGCUAUAAAAUAAUAUACAGUGGACCCCAGCAUAAUGAUUACCUCCGAAUGCGACCAAUUAUGUAAGUGUAUUUAUGUAAGUGCGUUUGUACGUGUAUGUUUGGGGGUCUGAAAUGGACUAAUCUACUUCACAAUAUUUCUUAUGGGAACAAAUUCGGUCAGUACUGGCACCUUAACAUACUUCUGGAGUGAAAAAAUAUCGUUAACCGGGGGUCCACUGUAUUAUACAAAUAUUGCAUUUAAAUCUAAAGGUUAAUUAUAAAAAUAUUCCCAGAAAAUAUUUAUUAAAAAAUAUACAAAUAAAUAGUCAAACAGUUGUAUUUUGUACAUUAAAAAAAACAAAGGCACAAUUAAUUUAUUAUUUAAAAUGGCAUAUAUCUAAUAUUUACCUGUUUUAUCUUUUCUUUCUCUAUUGUGAGAAUCUAUCUUCUGCCUUAUACAGUAAUUGUGAAAGUACCAGGCACUCUUGACUUGACAAACCUAGUAGUAACUUGUAUAAAAAAUUCUCACUUUACCCAGCUGUACAAAGUGUAUUUGAAACUCGUACAACAUUGUGUAAUUUUCAAGUUUGGCACCAAUGGUGUUCCUCCAGCAAAACCAAACAAUUUACUUCUAUAGGAUGGGCUUUGCCAUACAAGCUACUUCUGCUGUGUAUUUUGUAUAAUUUACUUCUGUAAUUAUUCUACUUGAUAGUAGUUAAUGGUAUAUAAGACAUGCUUAACACUUGCAUAUUUUCAUUUUGCAGACAUUUUACCAGCCAACAGAGAAUAAACAGUGGAAGAUGUGAAGAGGUAAUGUUUUGUCCCUUGGCCUUGAUAAGGCUAAAGCAUGAGGUAUUGAACACUUAACAUUACCUCCAUAUUUUCUGCCAUUUAUUCUCUUUAUUGGACUGAUAAAGCCACUGGUUAGCAGACUGUGUCCGCAAAGAUACUCGUGCAUUACGAGUUUCUUAUAUAUUUAUGCUGCAUAACACUUUCAUAUGAUGGGUUUUGCUGAACAUAUUACUUCUGUAACUGCUAGGUAGAAAUACACAUCAACUACUAAAACAAUUAUUGUGACAUUUUUCUUCCUAGCUUUAUCAAGCCAAGGAAUACAGAGGGGAAUAUAAAGGUAACAUGAAGUACAAGAAGCAGAACAUAAGCACUGCAGUAUUCCUAUAGGCCCAUGCUGGUGGUAGUAGUAGAUGUGACUUCUUGUUGGGCAAUAGUGAGGUUUAUCAUUCUGAGGAGGAUUCAUGCUAGUAUUUGAAAUGAUGAAGAAUUAGACACAUGUGCAAUAUCUGGGUAUCUUUAAUUGUGGACAUUUUGCCAACCACUGGCUUUAUCAAUGUAAUACAUGGACAGUGAAGAAUUAUAUACAAAAGAUGAGGUAAUCAGUCCCUCAGCCUUGUAGUUGAAGACUACAGUGCUCUUCAACUCCAAGGCUGAGGGACUGAGUACCUCAUCUUUUGUGCUGUAUAUAAUUCUUCACAUUAUGUCCUUGUAUUGCCCUGAUAAAGCCACUGGUUGGCAAAACAUCUACAAAUAAAGAUACUCAGAUGUUGCACAUGUGUGUAAUUCUUCUUGUCAGUAUUGUAUACCAUUUAUGUACAAGAUAAAUAAACCAUACCACGGGCGGGGAUAGAACCCGCGAUCAGAGUCUCAAAACUCCAGACCGGGUUCUAUCCCGCCCGUGGUAUGAUUUGUUUGCAAUCGUGUCAUUACGAUUUCACGAGUCAUGUACAAGAUAAAUGUUUCAAGGCCUUUUCUUCUGCAAGUGCUUCCUUCCUUAAUUACUACUAUGCAGGUGUCACUGAAUGUCUUCAAAUAGUUGAUGGCAUACUGGUGUUGUUACUUCUGCAUUCAAAGAUGUUUACCUUCAGACAUAUUCCUAGGUUUCAUGCUGUUUCCCCAGAUACCUUGUCACAGCCUCCACAAAAAAAUAUAUAAACCCUUUCAUUGGUAAGUUCAGGACUCGCCACCUUUACCCUGGUGAGGUCUUUGAUGGACAUAAGAGUUGCUAUGGUGAAGUUUAGGGCAAUUUGGCUGUUGGGAAGGAUUAUGACUUUGCACCCUAACACCACUGUGAACAGAGUUGAUUGCAGGUGGGGUCAUUACUUGCAGUUUUGAUGAAAAGUUAAGAAAAUGUAGUUCACUGAAGAUUUGGUAUAUGUUUGAACAUUCACCAAGUUAUAUUUUCCUAAAUUUUUCAUAAAGGACUGCAAAAAAAUGAACCUUUAAAUUAUCAAUUCUCCACAUAUAUACACUAACACUAUGAGCAAAGUUAUAAUCUUUCCCAACAGCCAAGUUGCCCUGAACAAAGCCAAGAGUCACCAUAGCAAUUAUUACAUUCAUCAAUUACCUCACCAAGAUAAAAGGGGAGAACCUUGAAUCAGUCAUGCAGGGGUUUACAUAAUCUCUUGUGGAGGCUGUGACAAGGUAUUUGUUAGGGAAACAGCUUGACCCUAGGAACAUGUUUGAAAGAGCACAUCUAUGCAUACAGAAGUAACAACUUCUGUAUGCAUAAUGUGCUCUUUCUGUAAACUAUAGUGAAAGUCACCAGUCGUUUUACGAGAUUCAAUGACGCUUAUCAACUGAUUAAAGCAAACACUCGCAGAUGAAAAUACCUGGAAGCAUUAACCUCCAUUUUGUACACAGUUACACAGAGCAGAGGAGAGCUUCAUCUCAAACAUUAGUAUGAAUAAUCCUGAAAAUGAUAACCCCUACCAUCACCUGACAAAAAGUUACUUUUACUACCAGCAGCCUGGGCCAGUAACACUACUGCUGUGUUUGUGUUCUAUUUCUUGCACCUCACCAUAUUACCUUUAUACUUCUAGCACUCUUGUAUUAUUUGCAUAGAUGAAAUAAAGCUCCUGGAGUGCAAAACAUUACGUCUCAUUAAUUACUUAUGUCCUUUUGUCCUACAAACUGUUGGUAAUUCUAACAACAUUAUUAUUUUUGUAAUUAUUCAGUUUAACUUUCCUUUAUGCAAGGCUAUGCUAAACAAGUUACUUUUGUAGUUUCUUAACAAUCAAUCACCUUUAGGAGAUAGGCUUUGUCUAUUUGUUAAAGGUGAUUAUAUAUUUAAAAAUAAA